UUUAAGGCUCCUCGGGCUUCAGUUCACCAACUCAGCCUUUGACUGAAUUUACUGCAGUUUUGCCUACAAUGGGCAACGUGACCCAGGCUUGCUCGGCUGAAAAUAUCGAUUCGUCCUAUAACCCUCCAGUGAUCAUUCUAACUUUUGUCCUGGGAUUCAUUGCCAACGCGACUGCCCUAUGGAUCUUCUGCUUCCAUGUGAAAACGUGGACACCAAACACCGUCUAUUCACUGAACCUGGCGAUUGCCGACAGCUUGUUGAUUUGCUGCCUACCAUUUCGAGCCGAUUACUUUGUCCGUAGGAAGGACUGGAUUUACGGCGAUGUUCCGUGUCGCUUGAAGGUAUUCAUGAUUUCCUUAAACCGCGUCGGCAGCAUCAUCUUCCUUAUGGUCAUAGCGAUUGACCGCUAUUUUAAGGUGGUCCACCCGUUUCGCAAUGUUAACAAGUUGCCCACAAGCUGCGCGGCGAAGAUUGCCGGCGCGCUGUGGAUCGCUGCCGUGGCGAUUUGCUCGCACUUGUUAAUAGAAAGACAUGACUUCCAGCACAACAACGUGACCAACUGCGAGCCCUUCAGGUUAAACCACCGCCUAGGUCCCACGGCAAUCUGGACAUACACUGUUUUCAUUGUUUUCAAGUUUAUUUUACCGUUCUCGGUGAUCCUGUUUUCCACUUCCAGCAUCAUUUGGAAGUUGAAGCAGAUGGAAACGGAAAUCAGGAGCAAGCACAAGCGAGCAGUGAAGCUAGUGAUAGCUGUGGCGCUGGUUUUCCUGCUCUGCUUCCUGCCCACCAACAUUGCCAUAGUAGCGGUUUUAAUCACAAAGCUACGGACUACAACCGACUGCAGGUCAUAUGUCACUGCCGUGGAUAUAUUCCAUAAUACCUUGUUCGUAACAUACUUCAACAGUGUGUUGGAUCCAGUUAUUUACUACUUCUCAAGCUCAGCAUUUAAAAACAUCUUGAAGAAAUCGUUUCAUUGUCUUCAUGCAAACCAUUGCUCUUCAGGAACGGAUGAAGCCGAGACUGCAAGUCAUCCUAAAGAACUGGACAGGGAUUGACAGAUGAGUCUGCGUACUGCGUGCAUGUUGCCCACAAAACGCUGGAGGAACUCUGCAGGUCUGGGAGCAUCAGUGGAGAAGAAUGAACACUUGACCUUUAAGGCUGCCGACCUCCUGCAUUGUGUGUGUGUGUUGCUCUGGAUUUCCGGCAUCUGCAGAAUCUUGUGUGUAAAUGUGUCUUAUUAGAUUGUGUGAUGAAAGGAAAGUGAAACAUUAAGUGUAAGUAAUAAUCUCAAAAAGACGUGCUAAGUUAAACUCUGGUUUGCACUGUCAAGGUAUGGCAUUGAAAAGUAUCUCAGAUUCUUUACAAAAGAUAUUUACAUCAUUAAGAUUAGCUUUAUUAGAUACAUGUACAGUAAGGCAUCAGAACUUACAGUGAGAUGCACAAUUUAUGUCAAUGCCCAGGGUGUGCCAGGGCCACCCUGUAGGUGUUGCCAUGCUUUAGGCACAAACAUAGCAUGCCCACGGCUUCUAACCAUUACCCAUACAUCUUUUGGACUGUCGGAGGAAACUCAGCCGGAUUAUGGGGAGAAUGUACAAACUCCUUAUAGAAUUGAACCCCGAUCUUACCAUCGUUGGCGCUGCGAAGAGUUGCGGUAAGCGACUGUGCUACUGUGCCGACCCUACCGAGCGCAAAAUCCCCUCUGCUAACCGAAUCACUCCCUUCUUAGCGGCAGGCGAUCUGCUGGGGAAACUCAGGAAGAUUGGGUUGGCAUCCGUCAGGGGGACAGGAAUUGCUGAGUUUGCAGGUGGAAACCUGCCUCCGGCCCGUCCUGGUAGCCCUCUAAUACCGGGGGGCAUGCAUUUAAACUGAAAGGGGGUAAAGUUCUAACCAGAUAUGCAAGGCAAGUUUUGUGCACAGAGUGAUGGGUGCUUGGAAUGUGUUGUCAGGGUGGUGGACGAGGUAGGUACGAUGCCGUCGUUUAGGGGGGCUCUUAGAUUGGUGCAUGGAUCUGCUGAGAAAGGGGAAAUAUGCACUUGUGUAGGCAGGAGGGAUUCGGUGCCAUUAUCUUUAUUAGUUUGGCACAACAUUUUUGGCUGAAGGGCUUGUUCCUGUACUGUAUUGUUCUAUGUUCUAUGCUCUGUGUCCCUUCUUAACAGCCUUUGCUCCGGGGGAACGGACCCAGCUUCUCUGAUCUCUUAUAGCUGAAGUGGUCAAGGCUGGGUAGAUCCUGGUGAAUCCCGCCUUCACUCUCUCCUGCACUCCCACAUCCUUCCUGUAGUGUGGUGACCAUGGUAUUCCAGCUGCAGCUCAGAAAUGUUUUACAAAAUUGGAGUGCAGCCUCCUGCUCUUGUAUUCAGUUGUCUGAUUAAUGCCACCUUCAUGGAUGUUUGGAUUAAGGUCCCUCUGUCCAUCAAUACUUCUUCAGACUCUGCCCUUCAUAAUGUGUGCCCCAGGCUCAUUAGUACUCACAAAAUGUGUCACCUUAUAUACUUCAGGAUUAAACUUCAUCUGCCAUUUCUCUGCCCUUUUCACCCACACGUUGAUAUCACACUAUAGCUGAAGACUACUUUCCACUCCACCCAUAGCUCCACCAACCUUAGUGCCACCUGUGAACCUACUGAACAUUCCUUCUACAGCCACAGCCAAAUCACUCACCUGCAUUAUAGCCAUCAGGAGUCCCAGCACCACCCUCUGUGAAACACCAGUAGCAACAAGCAUCCAAUAGUUAAAGCCACUCUCUAUCUGUUGCCAAGACAAUUUUGGAAACAAUUUAUGAUGGAUCUCUUGGGUCCUAACCUUUUGCACCAGUCCCAAUCUGGACACCAGUCCCCAAGUCCUUGAGAUGAACACUUUGAGGAAUUGACAGUUUGUGUAGCUUUUCAUUGAUUCUAUUAUAUAUCUUUGUUCUACUCUGAAUGCCUGUGAGAAAAUGAAUCUCAGGGUAGUGCAUGGUGACAUAUAUGUACUUUGAUAAUAAACUUUCUUUGAACUUUGGCUGUGCCUGA